GCUGUCUCCUGCAUCGCAUCCGACUGCAUUCGGCGAACUUCUGGUACUCCGUCACCGUGGAUUUUUAGCGAGAGUUCGCGAUCAUCUUUACGGAUUUUUGUUAUUAAUUACUGAGAUUCCUGAUUUCAAGAUUAUAAAAUGGGUACCCUUAUCAUUCCGGAAAAGUUCCAGCAUAUCCUCCGUAUAAUGAACACCAACAUUGACGGACAGCGGAAAAUCAUGUACGCUCUGACGGCUGUAAAGGGUGUGGGGCGAAGGUUUUCGAACGUAGUGUGCAAAAAAGCCGAUAUUGACUUACGCAAACGUGCUGGAGAACUGACAGAAGAAGAGGUUGAAAAGGUUAUCACGGUUCUGAACAACCCCAGACAGUACAAGAUCCCCGACUGGUUUCUGAACAGGCAGCGUGAUAUUAAGGACGGUAAAUACACGCACGCCAUGGCCAACAAUCUGGAAUCGAAGUUACGUGAUGAUCUGGAACGUCUGAAGAAGAUCCGCAAUCAUCGUGGUCUGCGCCACUACUGGGGCCUGCGUGUGCGUGGCCAGCAUACAAAAACCACUGGCCGUCGUGGACGAACUGUCGGUGUGUCCAAAAAAAAGGGAGGUUAAAGUUAUUUCGAUUUUUGUUACUUUUGGAGACCUAAACUAAUCAGGCUGUCUAUCGUAAAAUUCCAUCAUGUCAUCUCAGAAGGAAGAGCAAAUAAAUACUUACCGACAAGC